AUGAACGGUGGCCGAACGACCAGUACCACCAACAACAGCACCAGCACUACCACCAAUGGAAACGUCUCGAGCAACAACAGCAACAAUGGCUAUUUUAUUGCCUCCUUCUCGCCAGUGAAGGACGUUUAUAAGAUCAGCUCGGGCAACCAUUCGGCCUACUCUUCCUCGUCAUCGCUCGUGUCGAACGGUUCGCGGCAACAAUCGUCCCAGCACUCGACCGUAACAAUGAUCGGUGGCAGGGCGGCAGCAGCAAGUCCCGUGGUACCGUCACAGCCCCAGAACGGAACGACCGAUUCUACCGUACCGGUGCAACGAUCUGCUUCAUUCAACUCAUCCUGUACCGUUCCGUUGAGCAUCAGUAAAGCGACGCAGGUGAAAAACUCGGCAUCAUUCAGCAACUGCUCCAUUCUGUCGAAGGUGGCCAAAAAAGGAUCCGGUUUGACGGCUUCACUGACCGCACAUCCACUGCUAAGGCUCUCCUCGAGUUCGGCCACCAACUUGCUGAAACAGCAAACGACCAACGGUAACUCGAGCUCGGCCAGCUCCAUCACAAACACUUCCUACUCGAGCAACAUCACGGAGGCGCUGGCGAAUGCGGGAAGCAAUACACGCAUCCCCGCAUCGGCCACACCAACUGUCAGUAAGGUUGCCAUGGGAACGCUUUCCUCUUCAACCGGUCAGCUACCGUCACCAUCGACCGCGUCAGUUUCUUCGACCACCUCAACGGUAACCAACGGUGGAGCGACUGCCGGAGCAGUGUCACUGAAUCAAUCCACCAGCACGACGGCACUAUCGCUGGCACAAACCAGCAAAAACAGUAUCGUCGAUUACUAUGUGUAG